AUGAGUAAGAUUACUGAAGCGCUAAAUUUUCAGCUCUUGGAUACCGCCGCUCAUAAAGAGCUUCAGACGGCACUCCAAAAGCAGUACUUAAGACUGACUUCAUUCCAUGAAAAAGAAAAACAAGAACUCAUGAACAAGAUCCUACGCCUUGAAAGCGAACUGAAUGAGCGUAACGCACAGGAACAGCUCUUGACCAAGACAAUCGAGGAUCUUAACCUCAAGAUUAAACUUCAAUGCGACCAUGAGAUGAUGAAGAACAUAAUCAAAGAAAAUGACUUCAAAGAAAAACUGGAAAAACUAAACUGCAAAGUGACUGAGCUUCAAAGCGAACUGAAUGAGCGCAAUAAACAUGAACAGCACUUGACCAAAACAAUCGAAGAUCUUAACCUCAAGAUUAAACUGUCAAGUGACCGUGACGCAGAGAACAAAGAAAUCAUUACGUCUCAAGAAAAAGCUUUCAGACAAGAACAUGACAAACUAAAUGCCAAAGUGGCUGAGCUUCAAAGUGAGUUGCAGACAAAGCAUUUUGAAGAGAAAAUUUGGUAUACAGUGUUUUCCAAUCUAACAGACAAGCUUAAAAGACUUGAGAGCGAAUUGGAGAAAAACAUCAUGAAAGAAAAUGCCAAGAGCAAAGUCAAUUGUAAAGCAGCCGAAAGCUCAGCACUGAAAGAGAAGAGAAAAGUCAUCUUUGAAGACGAUGAUGCAGGACAAGGUAGGUAUAUUUGUAGCAAUCAAUGUAAAAGAUCGGAUUCUGGUUUGGAAAACACCUCGAGUGUCAUGGAAGCACCUCGCUAAGAUGAGUCCAUGAACUGUUUUGCGAACGACUUUUGAAGAGCAGCGAGGUCAAACUGGAUAACACAAAAAACAUACCAAAACAUCUAUAAACACCUCUCUUAUCUGUCAAUCUGAGCUAUCUUGGUCUACAGCAUCGACAAAACAGUUGCUCGUCAAAAGAAAUAUUGUAAAAUACUAAAUCCAUAUUUUGGGGUUUCAAAUGUAUGCGUCCGGCUUUGAAUAGUACGAGUGCUUGUAAUGUUUGUGCUUUGCAGURUUUUGUAAACAGCUUUUUCUUUUUAAUACAGAAAAAAUGGAUGUAAAAUAUAAAUAAAACUGGCAGUUUUGUAAUUCAUGGUGUCUUAGUUUCUUCUGUACAUUGCAUUUUAAAUUGGCCAGAAAAAAAAACUGUUUGAUU